AUGUCACUGGGCGCCUCAGUGACGUUUGGUGUAGGGUCAACCACCGGCGAUAGCUACCGCAAGGAUCUUCAAGACCUCCUCGUCGCCAAGGGUAUAAACGUCACAUAUGUUGGUACACAAACAAAUGGAAAUUUCACCAAUAACGCAGUCGAGGCGACUCCAGGAUUCAAAAUCGACCAAAUCGCUGCAUCGGCAAAUCAGGCUGUGCCCUUGCUCAAGCCAAAUCUCGUACUUGUCGAUGCGGGCACCAACAACUGCAACAAAGGCGGGGAAGUACCCGACGCAAGAGCGAACGUUACUGCCAUGAUAAACAACAUCUAUCAGCAGAGUCCAGGAUCGACUGUGAUACUCACGUCUAUACUUGCCAACAAGAUCGCGAAGCAAGACGCUUGUCGAGUCAACAUCAACACGCAAUACACUGCUUUGGCGACACAAAUGCAGCAGUCGGGCGCCAAGUUCGCUCUAGUCGAUAUGCGCAGCCCCGAUGCACCAACUGUCAACGAUCUCGCGGAUACCAGACAUCCGAAUGACGCAGGAUAUGUCAAGAUGGCAAAUGUAUGGAUACAAGGAAUUAACGAAGUUAUGUCUAAGGGCUUCAUCACAGCACCCAUUUGA